AGUGGGGGAAGAAUUAUACCCAAACACAACACCAUACAGGCUGAUGUAAGUUGAAUGGGAAAGCUGUCAGCAGUGAGAGGAAUACUGCACGGUAUGCGGGCUAGAGUUUGUAUUUGUUUACGUUUCACACUAGGUUUUCUUUUAAUUGUUGAGUGGUCGGUUUUAUUUAUUAAAGACUUAGGUCAGUUAUAGUCCGUAUGGGAUGAUUAGCUAUCUCAGUGGUUCACGGUAGCUGUGCUUUCCUCACAUAUGGGAUUUAUAUCACUUUUAGGGGAAGGGAAUUAAUGCUACAAAAGAAAUUUAGCGACUCCGUAAAUGCUACUCAGGACAUAAAUUAUUUAUGUUUACGCCUAUCUUUUCAGUCAUUACAUGUUAACUAUGUUGUUUCCAUGACAUGGCCAGUGUGAAGACGAUGACAGACUGUCAGGGAGCCGAGAGUCCAAUGGAGCUCUACGAGAAGCUGACAGCACAAGGUGACGAAGUCAGAGCCUUAAAAACAGCUAAAGCUGAGAAGGUAAACAUUAUUAUACUACCGUUUAAAAUACAGUGUGAACUAGACUUGUGUUGCACAAAUUCUGAAUGUGACAAUGUGACUGCAGUGUGUCAAUAUAUAGGGGAGAGUGGGGUAAGUUGUGUCAUCCCCUGUUGCUUGGAAAUGGUAAAAGAAAUUGAUCAUGUGACCAAAUAUUUAGGAGAUGGGCAUCGAUUCAUGGAGUCUGUGGAGGUUAGGAGCACUUAGGUGAAGGGGUUAGACAUUUAUUUACAAAAAGAAAACAUUUUUCACUCUUGAAGGUGAAUUUAGUCUGUCCUAAGUUUGAUUAGAAUUGUGUUCAGACCAAAAAAGAUCAUUUUACAUGUGUUUUAUUGUGGUAUCUAUGAGCUACAACAUGAGGUCAAAAUCCGAGCAUAAAACUCCCCCGUUUUAGCUUAGAGGACUAAUAAAGUCAUAAUAGUAAUUCUGGGUAAGUUGAGCCAGUGGUUCAACUGAGAAAGUAAAGGAGUCUGAUGAGAGGAUCAGAGUUUCAGUUCAGAUUGUUGAAAUGUGUUACUUUUUCUUUUCAAAAAUACAGCUGUGAAUGUUCUGAAUCACUUAAAGACAUUCUCAUGUUAAAAUGGCUUUUUACAAAACAGCUUUUUAGCAGUUAUAUGCAAUAACAAUACAAAGAUUAUUGUACCAGUUGAAUAGUGUAUAAUAGAUAAAAACACACAUGAAUGUGAAGAAGUGACUGUUAUUUAGGGAGAGAGAAAGUGAGAGAGGGUGGAGAGUGGGGGGAUAGUAGGGAUACGGCUCAACUUACCUCAAACACUUUUUUUGGCAUGCUAUAUUAUCAAGACAGUUAUGUUUACACUCAUUCUGUUGGUUUGCAGGGAUGAACAACAUCUUGAAAUAUAUGCAGAUUCACUAGUUAGAGACAAAACUAUGAUUGACUUGAUGCAGUUAUCCGAAAUAUUAAAAAUGGCUCAUCUUACCCUUACAUCAUAGAUUGAUAGCUGAUGAUUGCCCCCAAGUAAUACUCCAGGAUGCUCACAGGGUGAUGUGAUUAGUCAUUGGCUGUACACUGAUUUUAGAAAGAACCUUGUUUUUAAUAGUCUGAAAUGCACAGCUUUCAAAAUGCCACUUUAGUCUGUUAUGUCUGGUUGCUUUUAUGUUUGUAUACUAUCUGAGAGAAAUGUUUGUUUCCUCAGGCUGAAGUUGAUGCUGCUGUCCAGUUGUUACUAAAGUUGAAAGUGGACUACAAAAAGGUAACAGGUCAGGAUUACAAGGCAGGCUGUCCACCCUCAGAAAACUCAGUCAUUCCUGACAAUGGACCCGCAGCAGAUGGCGCUGACGAUGAAGACACGGUUGACCCAUGGAACGUUUCUACCACCAACGCCAAGGGAGUGGAUUAUGACAAACUCAUAGGCAAGAUUUAUACGACAUAAGUGUGGCCUUUAACAUGUUUGAGGUUUAUGAUCAAGUUAAUGUAUGAAUUCCAGUGAUGAAUUUUUGAGGUUUGGGGUGAAUUGAAAGAGCAUUUCUUAUUUCCCAAAAAGCAGCCCAGUAAUUUUUAUCGUGUUGUGUUUUUGUUAGUGAGGUUCGGCAGCAGUAAAGUUGAUCAGGAGCUGGUGGACAGAAUAGAAAAAGUCUCCGGACAGAGACCCCAUCAUUUUCUUAGAAGAGGGAUCUUCUUCUCUCACAGGUAAGCAUUGCAGAAGGUGACUGUAUUUCACUGAUCUCUCUGUUCUAAUGUAUACUUCUUAACUCAGUUAUUCUGAAGUAUUUUAACUGAAGCCUCUCAAUUAAAAGAUCGAAACAGAAUGUCACUCAUUUCUCUCUUGUCGCUGUUUUUGUCAGAGACAUGCAUCAGGUUCUGGAUGCUUAUGAGAAGCAAAAGUCCUUCUACCUCUACACAGGCAGGGGUCCAUCUUCAGAAGCCAUGCAUGUGGGUCAUCUCAUCCCCUUCAUCUUCACCAAGUGAGUUUGACUCUCUUAUGAAAAAAAGAAGAAUUGUUGUUCAACUUCAACUUUCCUUUCAUUUACAGCAGAAAGUACUUAUUUUCAUCAAUUUAAUGUUAGAAAUGAAACCUUUCCUCUUGUCGCAGAUGGUUGCAGGAUGUAUUUGACAUCCCUCUGGUGAUCCAGUUGACUGAUGAUGAGAAGUACCUGUGGAAGGAUCUAACACUGGAAGAGUGCCACCGCUUUGCUGUAGAAAAUGCCAAAGAUAUCAUCGCAUGUGGCUUUGACGUCAACAAGACCUUCAUUUUCUCUGACCUGGGUUACAUGGGGUAAAAUAUGAUCAAAUUAAUGUAAUUUGUUUCAUAAACAUGUAUAAUCUUUGUUGGAAAAAGAAAUUUAUCAUAAAACAUUACAGGUUUUUUUAAAUUUAGAUGUCUUGGGUUUUAACAUAGUAAUAUUGUUUUUUGUUGUAGUGCCUGCCCUGAAUUCUACAGAAAUGUGGUGAAGGUCCAGAAGCAUGUGACAUUUAACCAGGUUAAAGGCAUCUUUGGGUUUACAGACAGUGAUUGCAUUGGUAAGAUUACGGAAAAACCUCAAGAUUUCUAAGUAGCUUCUAAAAGUUGGGCCUUUAUAAUAAUUUUAAUUUGUUCUUUUCUCUUAAGGUAAGAUCAGUUUCCCGGCCAUUCAAGCAGCCCCAUCCUUCAGUAACUCCUUCCCACAGAUCUUUGGAAGCAGAAAAGACAUACAGUGUCUUAUUCCUUGUGCCAUAGACCAGGUCAGCCCAGCAACAUUGAUAUAAUGGAUAAUAAAACUGAUAAUGAAAUUGGGCCACGUUUUGAAGUGAUAUGUUUUUGUGUCUACUUUUUUGCUCAUCUAGGACCCUUACUUCAGAAUGACCCGUGACGUUGCUCCAAGAAUCGGCUACCCCAAACCAGCCCUGCUGCACUCCACCUUCUUCCCCGCUCUGCAAGGAGCCCAGACAAAAAUGAGCGCCAGUGAUGCAAACUCCUCGAUUUUCCUCACCGACACGCCCAAGCAAAUCAAAAACAAGGUGCUGAGUUCAGUAAUUAGUCACACAAAGUCACAAAUGUCCUCCUUGUCAAUACUCGGUGUCUAAUCUGUCCUAUGAAAUUAUGCUCACAGAUCAACAAACAUGCAUUUUCGGGAGGAAAAGACACAGUAGAGGAGCACAGAAAGUAUGGUGGAAACCCAGAUGUUGAUGUCUCCUUUAUGUACUUGACCUUCUUCCUGGAGGAUGAUGAACAACUGGACAAGAUCAAACAGGUGAGGGUGUAAAAGACAAAAUAAUGCAAAUCACAUACCUACCCACAUCUGCUUUCUGUGUUUCACUCCUCUUCUAAUUACCGUCCCCAUUGUUCACUGAUAUUUCUAAUCUUCUCUUCAGGACUAUGCAAGCGGAGCUCUUCUUACGGGCGAACUGAAGAAAAUUUUGAUUGAGACUCUGCAGCCAAUGAUUGCCAAGCACCAAGAGCGACGCAAACAAGUCACAGAUGAGAUGGUCCAGCAGUUCAUGACACCGAGGCCUUUAAAUUUUAACUUGUAGCCUCACUGAGAGGCUUAGAUGUCAAGGUUAAUCGAGUCACUAAUGUCAACCUUUUCAAUGUUUAAUUUGCAAUAUGAAAGGGAUAUUUUCUAAUUCAGAAUACAUCAGGGCUUGGGGCAAAUGUAAAUGUUAAUGUAUGAAGGGAUAAUGUACUUCUCUGUGUUUAACUAAGCAUGGUACUGUCCACAACUUCAUGCUACAUCUAAAUUCUACCUGUUAGUAUCAUGCUGCAAAAAUUGUACACAUUUAUCUUCAUGAAAUGUUUGCUCUGCUGCAACAGUGGUUGUAUCCAACUCUUCAACCUGAAAUCAGUUCAGGGUGAAUGACAAAUAAAGCUGAGAAUAAAUGUAAGUGAAUGGCAUAUCUAUUCAGUAACCAAACACAAAAAACUACAUUCUCAUGGUGAAAAGGUUCAAUCGAAAAGGCUAUGUUUUCCUGGAAAAUAAAUUGAAAUAUAAAUAAUGCAUAUAAUUUGUAAUGAUACCUGAGGGGGAAAGCUAAUGUAUCCAUGAACACGAGAAUAGAUCAAAAAUAAAACUAUCUCUGAUUACUGUUGAA